CACCAGUCCGAGGUGGUUGAUCUGAGGCGACGAAACACACCGACUGGCAGAGGAGCGAGGAGCCGCGUUCACUGCGUCCCCGUCCGCCUCCUCCACGCUGCCCCGCGCUCCGCAGGAUGAACGAAUUCUGGAGGCUUGGACACUUCGGACAGCAGCGCGCAGUGGAAGACGGGAUUUGGUGAAGAAGUUGGCUUUCGCAGCGGCGGUGCCCGAGCCGAGGACUCUCGCUGUCAAGUCGUGAGGAGGAUUUCUGACUUUUUUUUUUCUUUCCCACUGUCGCCAAAACUGCUCCCGGAAGCACGAGGACCCAGGGAUUUAAGAGUAGUUUUGGGAGUUUUAAGAAGUUUACCGGAGAAUAAAAUCUGUGGUUCUUCUUCUGAAUGCUUGGUGACAACUGAAAUUUGAAAGGCAGAGAUUUGCUGUCAAAGCGGAAUAUUUUGGGUCAGUGGUGGGGAAUUUUUGGAUAGUUUCUUGCGGCGACAGAGGCCGCCUUCUGCUGGACAGCAUGCGAACGGAGGAUGUUGUCUGAGUUGGGCCUUGCUGCUCUGUGUCUCACCUCGUCGUCCAGAGGAAUGACGGCUCUGUGGUGCUCACUCUGGCUUUUCUUCCUCCUGCCUCUCUGCGUCGCUCCGGCCAGGCUGCCCACUGCUCAGCCCACAGACUCUGUGUCCAGCGAGACAGCCUUCCUGGAGGACUAUGUUCUGGGCAUGGGGGACACCCUGGAAAUGUCAUGUGACCUGGAAGACCCCUCAGAGCCCGUCGUCUGGUUCAAAGACGGCACAGGACUGGUGCCUAGUAACCGGACGCGGCUGGGUCAGAGGAUGCUGCGCAUCAUCAACGUGUCAUACGAGGACUCGGGCGUCUACUCGUGCCGGCUCGCCCACAGCAACACGCUGCUCAGCAACUACACCAUCAGGGUGACAGAUUCUCUGUCAUCUGGUGAUGAUGAAGACUAUGAUGAAGAUCCAGAAGAUGCAGGUAAUGGAAAUGAGGCUCCAUAUUGGACCAGGCCUGACCGGAUGGACAAGAAGCUUCUGGCUGUUCCUGCUGCCAACACUGUCAAGUUCCGAUGUGCCGCGUCCGGAAACCCGAUGCCAACCAUCCACUGGCUGAAGAACGGCAAAGAGUUCAAGGGAGAGCAGAGGAUGGGAGGCAUCAAGCUGAGACACCAGCAGUGGAGUCUGGUGAUGGAGAGCGCCGUGCCAUCAGACCGGGGGAACUACACCUGCGUGGUUCAGAACAAGUACGGCGCCAUCACCCACACCUACCAGCUGGAUGUGCUAGAGCGCUCCCCUCACAGGCCCAUCCUUCAAGCAGGCCUACCGGCCAAUCAGACGGUGGUGGUGGGCAGCGACGUUGAGUUCCACUGUAAGGUUUACAGCGACGCCCAGCCACACAUCCAGUGGCUGAAACAUAUUGAGGUCAAUGGCAGUCGCUACGGCCCUGAUGGCGUUCCCUACGUCAACAUCCUGAAGACGGCUGGCAUUAACACUACAGAUAAGGAGCUAGAGGUUCUCUUCUUGACCAAUGUGUCUUUUGAGGAUGCGGGCGAGUACACUUGCCUGGCAGGGAACUCUAUCGGCUAUGCUUACCACUCUGCUUGGCUGACGGUGCUUCCAGCAGUGAGCCAGGAGAAGGAAGACUACUACGCCGACAUCCUCAUCUACGUGACGGGCUGCGUGCUCUUCAUCCUCGCCGUGGUCAUCGUCGUCCUCUGCCGCAUGAGGAUGACCACGCAGAAGACCCUGCCCACGCCGCCCGUGCAAAAGCUCUCAAAGUUCCCCCUCAAGAGACAGCAGGUGUCCUUGGAUUCCAAUUCCUCCAUGAACUCCAACACACCAUUGGUCAGGAUCGCCCGCCUGUCAUCCAGCGACGGACCAAUGCUGGCCAAUGUUUCGGAGCUCGAACUGCCAUCUGAUCCCAAGUGGGAGUUUCCCCGAACACGGCUAACGCUGGGGAAACCUCUGGGCGAGGGCUGCUUCGGUCAGGUGGUGAUGGCCGAGGCCGUCGGCAUCGACAAAGAGAAGCCCAACAAGCCGCUCACUGUUGCUGUGAAAAUGCUAAAAGAUGAUGCCACGGAUAAAGAUUUGUCAGACCUGGUGUCAGAGAUGGAGAUGAUGAAGAUGAUUGGAAAGCACAAAAACAUUAUCAACCUGCUGGGAGCUUGUACGCAGGAUGGUCCUCUGUACGUUCUGGUGGAAUAUGCCUCAAAAGGCAACCUGAGGGAGUACCUGCGGGCGCGGCGGCCCCCGGGCAUGGACUAUUCCUUUGACACGUGUAAAAUCCCCGACGAGCAGCUCACCUUCAAAGACCUGGUGUCCUGCGCCUACCAGGUCGCCCGAGGCAUGGAGUACCUCGCCUCGCAGAAGUGUAUCCACAGAGACCUGGCAGCCAGAAACGUCCUUGUGACGGAGGACAACGUUAUGAAGAUCGCAGACUUCGGUCUGGCCAGAGACGUGCACAAUAUAGACUACUACAAAAAGACCACGAACGGUCGUCUGCCCGUGAAAUGGAUGGCUCCGGAGGCUCUGUUCGACCGGGUCUACACGCACCAGAGCGACGUGUGGUCCUAUGGUGUGUUGUUGUGGGAGAUCUUUACCCUGGGAGGCUCACCUUACCCAGGAAUCCCAGUAGAAGAACUCUUCAAGCUGCUGAAGGAGGGACACCGGAUGGACAAACCUGCCAACUGCACCCAUGAACUGUACAUGAUCAUGAGGGAGUGCUGGCAUGCAGUGCCAUCGCAGAGACCGACCUUCAGACAGCUGGUAGAAGAUCACGACCGGGUUCUAUCAAUGACUUCCACCGAUGAGUACCUGGACCUGUCGGUGCCCUUUGAGCAGUACUCCCCCACCUGUCAGGACUCCAACAGCACCUGCUCCUCAGGAGACGACUCGGUGUUCGCCCACGAUCCGCUGCCUGACGAGCCCUGUCUUCCCAAACAGCUUCCCAGUAACGGGGUGAUUAGAACAUAAAACCUGGGCUGGGAGGGGAGGGUGGACGUUAACCUCCUCUCACAGUUUGUGGCUAAUAAUCACCUCUCAGUAACUCAAGCUCCUCAAGAUAUGGAAACAAAAAACUCUGCAUGCAAUACUUCCACAGUGCUUCAGCUCUUCGAUUCGUCUUAAACUCUAGGUCGAAAUACUUCGAACGAGUUUUUCUUCCUCUUCCUCCUCCUCCUCCUCCAAGAGACUCUUUAAACAUUGAAGGAUUAUUUUUUGCCGUUGAACCAUGUUUGUGUUCUUCUUUUCAGAAAUGAAAUUAUAUUUUUGUACUCGGGCCAGUCUUUUGUUACGGACAAUCUGUGGGGUGAAACCAUUCCGUGCCUACUCGGAUAAAACCUCCUGACGUUGGGGGGAAAAAAAAGAGACAAAAAGGAUAUAAAAGGAGGGAAUGAAGGGCAUUUGGUCAGUGACUGGUUGGUGAUCCAGUAGGCGAGGACCUCAGAUUUUUAUCCUCUCGUCUGCACGGAGCCCAGAGAUCGCAGUAAAAGCUUGCGAUCUGAAAGACAAUCCGUUGACAAGAUAUACCAGCAAACGAUGGGACUCGUUCUUCCGAAAGAUACCCAACAACUUACACAGAAGUCUGUUCAGCAACAGAAGGGAUUACAUGAGCAUAUACGUGUGUUUUCUCAUGAAUUUGUACACCAUCGUCACGUUUUAGCAUCCCGACAAAAAAAAAAAAAAAACAGUUUUGUGAUAAUCAUGGAACAAAUUCCUCAGCAAAUGUGAGGCGAAGUUUCAGGGCCAUUCAGUAAUAAGUACGGUAAGGUUCGGAGGGUUUUUUUUAUGUAUCUAGAAAAUGAUUUAUUGUAAAUAUAUAAAUGCAAAUAUGUAUGAUAUUGCUGUCCACAGCCAUGUACUUAAAAGACAAAAAAUGACAUUUUUAAAAAUAUUGUUUUAGGAUGGAAGUAUUGCAAUCUAGAAGACACUGUCAUGAACGUGGAAAACAUUUAAUCAUUUAAAGUGAUACAGAAAAGGUUUAUUUGAAUAAUUAACGUGUAUAUUUGUAAAGAUAUUUAUAGACUUAACAUGUGGUUCUUAAGUUCGAAAGGUCUAGUUUAGGAUUUUAGUACUGUACGCAAAGAUUUUUAUUUCAACUUUUUGUAACUUAUUUUACAACAAAACUGCGACGUUAUUUUCACAACUGGCAGACUCCUCUAGUUUUUGAUCCAUCUUUUUUUUUUAUUGUUUUACGUUUUUGUUUUUUUUUGUUUUUUUUUGUUUACAGUUUUAAAGAAUAAGAAUGUAUGACAGACGCGAAGAUGAUUUUUGAGAGCGAGUGUGAUUCGACCACCAGAGGAGGAGGACUGGUGAACUGAAGGCUCGUUCUUAAUGGAGCUGGAUGUUUCCGCUGAGCUCAGAUUCUGGUUUGAAAAGUUGACGUUUGCAAUAUCAAAGCAACGAUUAACUCUUGCUGGGCAAGAAAUAGCAGCGCUUCGAGAUACGUACCAGAGAGGCCUUUUAGUACGACUGAAGUACUUAAAGACAUAUUGAACAUCAACAACAACUAGCUGUGAAUCAAAAGAAGCCUUCAGAGAACCUCAGCAGCCUGUUUUUAAUGAAGAAUCCUCCUACUGAUAAUAUUUCUCUUUUCAGUCUCAACUUAUUUACUGUUUGCAGCCUAUUUGCUACUUAGUGCACUACAUGUACAGCUUAUUCACUUCCCAGCAUUUUAUUUGUGUAAAAUGCAGUGUAGUGCUCUCAGCACCAGAUCCCACAAUGCAAUGCUGAUCCCAGCUCCUGAGAUGUGAGUGGAGCUAAUGCAAAAUUACACCUGUCAGUGGAAACUAAUGAUGAAUGAACUAAAACAAAACCACCGAAUAUCAGUCAGUUAGUGAGAGAGGGAACAGUUUCCCACACAGCUGCAUUUCCCAGAAUGCUUUUCAGCAGCUACCAGGGAACAUUCUUGAACUUGGGGCAUUCAGAAAAAUGUGAGAACAUAUAUGAAACAAUGGCAUCAAUAGAUUUUAGCCAAAAAAAAGUGAAAGUUACAAUGCAUUCUGGGAUUUGGAGUCUAUUCAGAGUGCAGAAAUAACUCUCAGUCUGAAACAGAUAGAGGUGGAUUUUUUUCUCUUGGUGGUGCUUCUGAAGGCUUCAGAUUUUUUUUAUUGUAAGAGAAAGGUCACAGGGUCAAUUCUAACAAGCUGCGUGCAGUGACACUUAGCACCUGUGUGCACACUCACGGAGACAAACAUCAGCCUGAAGGCAGAGAUGUAAAGCUGUUAUGUCCUUUUGUGCUUGAGUGUUACUAAAAACCUGCCCAGACACUUGAGAUUUUAUCGCUGCUCCGUAGUAUUAAUACUGAAAUGAAGGUACGCUGUGUGAUCUGCAUGGCAAAGAAAAAGAAUAUAUAUAUAUAUAUAUAUCAGUUUGUUAAAGGAGACUUUGAUGUCUGUGGUGGAAGCUUCUACAAGUUCUGUUCAGAAAAGUGCCAAAUUAGUCUUAAAAGUCUGUUUCACAGAGUUCUCCAGAUCCCUGAACCAAAUUACUGCACUGUCGAAUGUAGGCGGGCGGAGGUUACAUGUGCAGGGAAGGAUGAUGGGAUUGCCAAAUGGAUACCCCCCACCCUCCCUCCCUCCCUUUUUUUUUUAUAUGCAGUCGUCUCUCCAGCUGACCCCAAAAAAAACACAAGGGUUGAAAUGUUUACACAGUCUGUUUUAGCAAAGUCACGAAAGGGAAAGCGACGUUCACGUGGCAUUGAAGGGUUCAGAAACACGAUUCACUCGCUGCUAAAUGGAAAUGGUGGCAACGCCUCACGGUGCAAUGGCCUUACUCCAGUGUACGAACUGAAUUUAUGUAGAGAAAUGGAUUGUAAUUGCCCAACAAGACCGUGUCAGUACUUAAUGAAAUAUCCCCAGUAUCUGAAGUACUUAAAAGAGUGAAAAUAUGUAUUUAGUUCUGUUGCUAUCAUGGGAGAUUUUUAUGUUUUUUAGCACCAAAUUCUGUACUUUUUCACUGGUUCAUACACAAAAACAAGGCCUUUGUAAAGUGAAAGGUUACACAUAGUCAUUGUUAUUUCUGUUUUCAGUACGGUUUUGGCCCAAAUCUAUGAAGUGCCUGGAAUAAUUGAGCAAACAAAAAGGAGAUUGAUUAAUUUUGAUCACAUUUUGAAUGUAUAAUUGCAAAAAACAAAAAAAUGUUAAAAA